UCUGCCUUGCGCAUGCGCAGUGCUGUGCUCCGUGCGGCGUUCUGCUGAAGGGAUGAGGGCAGCGGAUUCAUGAACAACAGACCCAGAUGCUGAUGAGAGAAGCGCGGCUACACGGGGGACGCACGGUGUCGGAGAAUGCCACGGCAGGAAAAGAGUUUCCAUCCAUUGGCUCUGAGGAAAGGCGUCUUUGUCUUAUUGACUAACGUUAGGUUCUUUGUUUUUGACUUGAAGUCAUAACUGCAGCUAAUGCUGCAUAUCCUGCCGUUACAAUGCCAGCGGGGCUGAAUGCGCAAGGCAGCGGUAUUCCUAUCUCAGAUGCGAUGGGAUCAUUUAAGAGGAGGAAACGAAAGUCCAUCAUAGUAACAGUGAUGCUCCUUAUCGUCUCCAUACUCAUCCUGGUCUUUGGUCUGGCCGCUACUACCAGGACACAAAACAUCACUGUCGGUGGCUACUAUCCAGGAGUCAUUCUCGGCUUCGGGUCCUUUCUGGGAAUCAUUGGCGCUCAUUUGAUAGAGAAUAAGAGGCAGAUGCUGGUGGCCUCCAUUGUCUUCAUCAGCUUCGGUGUGGUGGCGGCCUUCUGUUGUGCUAUAGUGGAUGGCGUUUUUGCUGCAAGACAUAUAGACCUCAGACCUCUAUAUGCUGGCCGAUGUGAAUAUUACUCCAGCGGGACCGCGUUUGAUUUAGAUGUUCACUGUCACACCACAUCUCGCGUCUCCUGUAACCUGCGUGUGAAGAGCAACACCUGCUACUGCUGUGACCUUUACAACUGUGGCAAAGAGCAUCCUCUUAUGGGACUUCAGAAUAAAGAUGUUUUGAAAAAAUUUAGGAAAUCCUCCAUGAUUUGGAAUCGAGUGGAACUACGAGGAGGGUAUCACGAGUACACAGAGGUGCGGAGCUGUCAGGACGUUGUGCAUCUUUACCACCUGCUGUGGUCUGCUACUAUCCUCAACAUUGUUGCUCUGUUUCUGGGCAUCAUCACCGCCGCCGUGCUGGGGGGAUUCAAGGACAUGAUGCCUACAGCAGCAGCAGAUUCCUGUGAGCCAGAACCUCUCCCUAUUCCUCUACCCCCAGAGACUCCUGGACCCAUAGCAUCCAACAACUCUUUUUACAACACUGCCCCCUGCUUACCUCCAUACACUGCCUAUGACCUUCAGGGUGCCAGCAUGUUUCCUGGCUCUUCAGGCCUGUCUGAUGACUCUCAGUCUGGAGCCAGUCACAUGUGGCCAAAUAUGAUCCCGCCUCGCUAUUCUCCUCCUUAUUACCCACCUGAUGAGAAGCCCCCACCAUACAGCCCCUAAGGGACCAGUCUAAGGAAGACAUUUUCCUGCAAAGAGAGAACUAGCAUUGGGCAUUUUGGAUAUUGGAGUACCCCAUCAUUGAACAAUAAUUGUUCUGAAUUAACGACCUUUGCAGAGGAGGUUCACCUGUGCAGCGGGUUAAGUGCAGAGAGACUACAGCAUUAACCACGCUCAUUCAUCACCAUUCAGCAGAUGUAAUAUGCAACAUUAAACCUUGACAGGAUUCGCUCAAGUCAAACCCAGUGUGUAAAAUAGUCA